AGCCCCGGGGCGGUCCGAGCGCCCCCUCCCCCGGUUACUUCGGGGCGGCCACGUGCGGGGGUGGGGUCGAGCCCGGGAGGUACUUACCCGGGCCACGGUUUCGGGAGGAGGGGGGUGCCGGUGCGGGCGGGCGGGCGGAGCGCGCGCAGGCUGCAGGAGCCCCGCAGCCCCGGCUGCACCCGAGCCCCGCAGCCCCCUCCCUGCGCUCCGCCCGCGGGCCCGGCCAACGCUGGCUCCCAGCUCCGCUGCGGAAAACCCGAGCGGGGGCGGCUCCCUGCCUUGCGGCCGCGGGAAAAUCCGGGGGUGGCCGCCAGGGAUCUCCAAGCGGCCGACCGAGGCGGCCCCGCGCGUCCCUCCCCCGGAGCCCGGCCCGUCGGGUCACCGUCUGCCUCUCUGCUUGUCCCCGCAGAGCGCCCGGACGAGCGCGCGAUGACGGCCGGGAGCCCCGGAGACGGCGGCGCGCGCAGGAGCCCCGAGGGUCGCGUCUCGCGCCUGGGCCGCCGCCUGGGCCGGCGCCGGAGACCGCGCUCGCCGCCAGAGCCGCUGCGGGUGCGGGCACGGCUGCGGCUGCGCUCGCCGUCGGGGGCGUUCGCGGCGCUGGGCGCGCUCGUGGUGCUGGUGGGCAUGGGCAUCGCCGUGGCGGGCUACUGGCCGGGCCGCGCUUCCCACGCCCCGAGGACCGGCCGCGCGCACGGGCCCCACGAACGCCUGCGGCUGCUGGGGCCGGUGAUCAUGGGCGUCGGCCUGUUCGUGUUCAUCUGUGCCAACACGCUGCUCUACGAGAACCGGGACCUGGAGACGCGGCGGCUCCGCCGGGGCGUGCUGAGGGCGCAGGCGCUACGGCCGCCCGACGGCUCCGGCUGGGACGCGCUGCUGCCCAGUCCGGCGCCUGGAUCCCCGGGCACCGUCGCGGAGCCCGAGACUUGGGACCUGGCCCCAAGGAGGGGUCCCUCGCCCGUCCCGUCGGUGCGCAGCCUUCGGUCCGAGCCUGCCAAUCCUCGCUCUGGGUUGCCCGCGCUGCUCCAUGGCUACCCGUUGAAGGGCCCGGGGCUGCCACCACCCUGGGGUCCUCGGACUCAGACUGGCCACGUGAUCAUCACGGUGCAGCCCUCUGGUUCCUGCAUUGAGCACUCCAAGUCUCUGGACCUGGGUCUGGGGGAGUUGCUCCUGGGGACCCCAGCCGCUCGGGACUGUGCCCACCGAAGUUGGCCACGGCUGGACAGACUCAGUCUGGGGGGCUAUGCCAAACUGGGUGGAGACUUGGGGGCCCGGGUCUGAGGUGCAAGGGAUAACCUGCUGUGAGGCUACCAGCGUGGACCAUGGGACCAGGACACCAGAAGUCCAGUGUCCACUAGCUGCUUCAGUCACUUCUGAGGCUAGGAUGGAUGCUGCGGUGACAGCCGCCGCUCAGCCUCCUGACCUGCAGUGCCAGCUGCACCGGCCAGCCUCAGGGGCAUGUGUUAACGUGGAUACCAGCAUGGUUCAGCCUCAGGAAUUUCUUCAGCCCAUGUGGCCUUAGCCCCGGGACAGGUACCUGAGGGGCUGCAGGCUAGGCCAGGAGCAUCCAGAGAUGCGCGGGUACCUAGGCAAAGGCAACAGUGGUAGGUUGGGAUGUCUCAGGCUGGGACAGCCCCCUCCAAGGUGGCAGUGGUGAUGGAGGUGGGACCUCCAGGGGGAAGGCGGGAGAUGAAGUGGAACAGAGACCGUCUGCAGCUUUCUGGGGCCGUGACUGCACCUCUGACUGCCACUUCAGGCCCAUUCUUCCUCCAGCCAUGUGGGCUAUCCGGCAGGGCUCACUACUGCCAGUGCCCUGCUCCUGGGGUCAGACAGCUCCCCACAGAGACAGGUCUGUCUCACUUUCCUCCGGGGCCGUGCCGCAAAGUCUCCCCCAGCUGGCAGAAGGCAUCCGCCAGUUGUCAGCAGUUACUUCCACAGCCCGGAGCUGCACUCUGGCCAGCGUGGGCUGCUUAGCGCACACACAGUGGCUCCCCUUCCCAGGUUUAAUUUUUUCCAUGCUUUUGUUAGAAAUUUUAAAGUGGAUCAAUCCUCACAGAAGUUUUUUUUUUUUUG